AUGUCCUUCAGCGAUGUGGGCACGGAGUGGUACUCUCGGCCGAAGUCGAUAAUCAACGGCCGCGAGGAUUUUCUGAAGCUCCGCAGACACGACACCGACGACCCCUUUGCUGACGACGAUACGCCGCCGUGGCUCCGGUGCAGCUUAAGCCAUUGCUCUCUGCCGGCAGCAACCGGCCCAGUCGUCGUGGAUUCUGUGGGGAACCUGCUUCUAAAGGAGGAUCUCAUCAUUGCCCUGUUGAAGCAUCGGGUUCCGGAACACCUGUCCCACAUCCGAUCACUGCGGGAUGUGAGCGAGUGUGGCCUGAGGCGCAAGAAUGGCCUGGCACUUUGCCCAAUCACGGGUGAUGACCUCCGUUUCACUCCAGCACUGCUCCUGCAGCCAUGUGGUUGCAUCAUUGCUGAGGCAGCUGCAAAGCUCAGCUCGAGUCAGGCAUGUGAGGCUUGCGGCCGCAGUGUCGCAACUUCUGGUGCCCACCGAAUCACCACGCAGCUGAUGCUUAUGAUGCUCGCUCGAUCUGGUCCCCCUGGGGACCAAAACGCGAUGCGCUGCCGUCCAGGGCCAGCGGUCACCGCGAGGCCGCAGCCGCAGUCGAAGCCCGACUAA